AUGGCGCUGAUUGGCGGUAUUGAAGCUCCGCCCGGACGAGUAAUGGGCCAUGCGGGUGCCUGGACAGCAUCAGGUGAACCGGAUGCCAGAACCAAGAUACAGGCGUUGCAGUCUGCGGGCGUGGCCAUGGUAGAUCACCCGGAAAAGUUUGGUGAAGGUAUGAAGGCAUUGUUGGCUGGUGCUGGUAGGAGAUCCAAAUCGACACAAUCCGGGCCUUUUGUGCAGCGAGCAUCAUAUCACACUCAUACCAGGCGUCCACAGAUAAGCCUGCCAUCUCAGUCAGCAAGAUCUCCUCAAAAGAGGACGUUAUACAUCAAAUCCUCUGAUGCAUUCAGACUCCUCGAGGCACAAAACAUCUCAAUCGCUGAGUCAAAAUAUCCGGCUAACUUUACCCUUGCCAUCGCUAUAGAUCGUAAAACGUGCGGUCCCUGCAUAACCGUAUGCAAUGGCACAGAUGGCAACACUCUCAAGUUCCCAUUCAACUAUCAUGCACGAAAUUUUGACAUUGCAUCCGUCAGGAAUACUCUUGGUUUCGUUAAAUAUCAUCCUAUGGCCACCGGGUCCCUAGAGAAACUUCUACACGGGUUGAUGAAUGUUUUUGUGACAAAGGAGGCAUUUCUUCUCGAGGUGAAAGCAGGUAUAACUCCUGAUACAAAGGAUAUACAGAUCCUUGAGGCACGAUUCGGGUUCGACGACGCUGCGUACCGUAGCUCAGGAAGACAGGGCGAUAUCCAUGCCCUGCGAAAUAAAGCUGAUGAGGUUCCUGCUGAAGUUGAAGCAGAAAAGAACGGUAUAGUAUAUAUCACGCUCCCGGGAGAAGGCCGUAUAGGGACCCUUGUAAACGGCGCUGGCCUAGCCAUGAACACCGUCGACGCCCUCACCCUCCAUGGCGGAAGCUGCGCAAAUUUCCUCGACACCGGCGGUAAAGCUACCGCAGAAACCGUCAAGUCGUCCUUCCAAGUCAUCCUAUCUGAUCCGCGAGUAAAGAGCAUCUUUGUCAACAUCUUCGGCGGCCUUACGAAGUGUGAUAUGAUUGCCGAGGGUGUUAUGAUGGCCUUUCGUGACCUGGGUAUGAAAGUCCCCGUCGUAGUUAGACUAAGAGGAACAAACGAGCAACUCGGCCAAAAGAUGAUAGCUGAGAGCGGAUUGCCUCUCCACGCCUUUGACUCUUUCGAGCAAGCUGCAAAGAAGGUUAUCGGCUUGUCAAAGUAA